AUGACAUUUGCCGAGUUCAAGACUCUGUUCCUCGACAAAUAUUUUCCCACACCCCUUCGCCUAGCCAUGGAACAGGAGUUCCUGAACCUAAAGCAAGGAACGAUGACCGUUACCCAGUACGCGGCCAAAUUUGAGGAACUAUCCCGUUACGCUCUAACCUCCAUACCAACCGAGGACAAGAAGGCUAAGAGAAUCGAGUGGGGACUGACGACUGCUCGAAAGGCUGUGGUGGCUCAAGCUUUUACCACCUAUGCCGCAGUCGUGAAGUGUGCACUCUGGCUAGAGAGUGAGGAGACUGACUUCAAAACCCGAUGGAGGAAGGCGACAAGCGACACCGGUGGACCGAUCCGAACCCAACCCCCCAACAACAACCGUGGACCCUACCACCAUAAACCUUCUAACUCGACUCAAAGCAAUCAACCAUGGGAGACUCCAGGACUGGCGAACCGAAGAGGGGAGACUGAGAAACAAGAACCGAAUCCCUCUGUGAUCCAAGGUACGCUACUAUUAUAUAGUACCCGCGUACAAUCCUUGUUUGACUCUAGUGUAUCUCAUUCGUUUAUAUCUACUGCCUGCGUAACUGCUCUAGCACUAGAAAUAGAACCCCUAAGUAUGUGUACGAAAGUAUCAUCACCGUUAGGGGGAAGAAUAGCUGUUAGCCUAGUGUGUAGAGGGUGCGAACUAGAAAUAGCCAACCUACGUUUGACCUGUGAUCCUGGAGUAAUCAACAUGGCAGAUUUCAACGUAAUCCCAGGGAUGGACUGA